UGUCCGCAACCCCAUCAGAACAGACCUGUCACCCAUUUCUGCGUUACGACCCACCAGUUGAGAACUGUUGCUGUAUAUCAUUGGUGUCCCACCCAGCCGAUACAGGGUGGUCUAUCUGUUGUCUUGACAACAAAGUCUGUCCUCUGGAGAAUCUGUCCCAUAAAUCAGCUUAAGUGUCCGCAGACGAAAGUGAAAAUUGAUUUUAUGAAACAAAUAGUGGAAGUAGAGUACUAGUAAUACAGAUAGCCUUUGUCUUUCUUUUGGAAAAUAACCUACAUUUUGUGUGACCAACUUCUGCUUUGCUGCUUUCCUAAAUCAGGCGUAAAAACAUUCUCUCACAAUUUCAUAGAAGUUGGAGGAGGUGCGGUAGCAGUUGUUAAGGGGCAUUCGGAUUGGCUGACGUACAUGAGAGCAAGACACAUGUCAUGAGUGAAUGCUUCACUCCCCGCCCCUUAUUGUGAAGUGUCUGGACUCCGGGUUUAUUUGGGUAAUGUGUAUGUGUGUGAGAGCAACAAGAAGACGACCAUAGUACAUAGAAAUAGAGCAAAUAGCAAACAUUAAAAAAAACUGAAAUACAGACUGAUUAAGACUCCAUUUACAGAUUCACAGAUGCUGUUGGAGAAGCUUUGCUGUUCCUGUCAAUUCUACAUGGACUUUUGAAUGGGAUUCAUUUACUGCUUGAUCACAGGACUCAUAUCUCAGAAAGAUGGAGACCCUGUAUGCCAGAGCUCUCUAUGACAACACAGCCGAAACUGAAGAUGAGCUGGCUUUUCGCAAGGGUGACAUCAUCUUGGUGCUAGAGAAAAAUGUAGCGGGGAGCAUCGGUUGGUGGGCGUGUUCUCUUCAUGGACGUCAGGGCCUGGCACCAGCGAACCGCCUGGCUCCUCUUUCUCCAGCAGAGGCUGAGAAACUUUGUACGAACUUAAGUCCACAGAGAGACUUCUUGAGCAACCAUAGCCAUCAGAACAUCUAUCAAACUCCAAACGCUACCAAGCCACCGGAGAAUUCAAUUUAUGAAGAUAUGAAUACAGUAUAUAAAGUGCCCCAUCAAGCCAAACCUUCACCAGAGAAGCACACGGCACAAGAGGAUCCAGAAGGAACCAGGUCUCCACAUAAAGCUCUAACUGCUCAUCCCAGAACUGGUACAGAAAUAUAUGAUGUACCAAGCCCGGUGAGAAAACCCUCCUUGUUCACACCAUCUACACGGCGGCCUUUGGAAAGGGAAACAUUACUGACGUCAAGCACAGCGUUUAAUAAAAGAUAUGAAAUGCUACAAAAUGCAAGAUGCGCAACUGCAACCAAUAUAAAAGUCGCCACUAUACACCCAUUAGUGUCCCAAGACCCCAAUUAUGACAUCCCAAUACCCUCCAUCAGUGAGGAUAUUCAAAAGCCUCCAUGUGGUUUUAUUACCAUGCCGAAACCUGAAUGGAUUUAUGAUGUGCCUCUCUUCCCACAAAAGCAAGGAUGUGAACCUGGUUAUUACGGAACCAUGCCACCCAAAACUAUUAAUUCAAACAAGCAGCCUCUUUAUGACACUUUGCCAACACACAUUUGCCCUGAAAAGAAGCACAGUGUCGUCCAGCCCCUCUAUGACAUCCCCAAACCGAGCAAUGCUGUGGUGCAAUCUUGUAUAGACACUGGGAAAUCAACAAAUGCAUGCAUCUAUGAUGUUCCACCUUGCCUUAAACCAAAAGAGACCCCUGUAGUGUUACCCAAACGUCAAAGCCUUCCUGAAAUGGACCCUAUAAAGAGCCACGAACCCCUUGAUUACAGGGGUAAACCUGGACUCAUGUAUGACCAACAUUGGCCCUCAAGAGACAGGGCAAUGUCCAGGAAGCCUGUGGAAGGGAUGAUUGGAAUGGACAAUGAAAAUAACAAAGACCACCAGAGGAGCUCAACGGUGUCCACUUCUUCCAUGGCUUCCAGUUCUUCCAGUUCUUCCAGGAGCUCUUGCGACUCCUUCAUGCUGAGUUCUCCGGAACCCGAGCCCUUGCGUGAGGUCACGCUUUCACAGGAGGAAGCUGGCAGCAGGUUGCUCGAGCUGCUGGAAGUGGUGUGCCAAUCCGUGCCCAAGCUUAUGCUGUUCGUCAGCAGCCAAUGGAGGAGCAAAGAGCACCUGGAAAAGCACCUCCAUAAGAUCCGCACGGCUGCCGAAGACGUAACUGACUCCGUCAACUGCUUCUUGAACUUUGCCUUGGAUGUCAGAGGUAAUGCGCAGCGGCUGACAGACUCUAACCUCCAGACCAGGCUCCUGAAGCAGCUCUCCAUCGUUGAAGACUCAGGCUUGAUCCUUCAGCAGGCUGCAAGCGCUCUACGAGAUCUGGGCUGGCUGCUGGAUAAGCUAGUUCAGGAUGCCGGCCAGUCCCAGACGCCUGACCACCUGGAGCGGUUUGUUAUGGUGGCUCGGACCGUACCAGAGGAUGUGAAGAGACUGGUGUCCAUCCUGAACGCAAAUGGAAAGCUUCUUUUCAGAGUGCCGACUAAGGAACCAGACAUGGUGGAGGAUGUAGGCUCAUCUGAAUGGAGAAGUAAAUGUGAACCAAUGGUAGACUCAGGAAUAGAUGAGAGUGACUAUGUGCAACUUCAGACAAAGCCAGAGGUUGACCAACAACCAAAACCAGCAAAGAGCAGCUUUAAAUCAAAGAAAAACGGUGAUAAAAAACAGGUUUUCAAAUCACAACCCGUUAGCCCCUGCAGUCCACUCCAAACCUCCUGGAAGCCUUGCAUCUCUGACCACUGCCGGCUAUAUUUUGGAGCCAUUCAGAAGGCCAUCAGCGUGUUUAGAAGUAGUCUGAAUGAUGGCCAGCCCCCGGAAAAAUUCAUCUCCCACAGCAAGCUGAUUAUUAUGGUAGGCCAAAGACUUUUGAACACUCUGUCUAGUGAAGCCAAAAGUCGAGAAGGCAACCGGGAAAUGAGCACUCAGCUGUGUGCCUAUCUCAAGCAACUGGCCAUGGUGACCAAGAAGGCAGCUGUGAACUUCCCUGACAAACUGGCUGUCCAGGAGGCACAGGACAUUGCCAAAGAGUUGGCUCAAAGGGUACAACACUUCAGAAUGUCACUGGACGUCUGAGCAGCAGUUUUGCCAUCUGGCCCAGUUUAUCGUGAGAGGUGGGCUG